GUAGCCACGUUUAUGAGCAGGAGUAAGGUAGCUACAUUCAUAACAAAACACUUAGCUUGCAUUAUAAGUCUUUGAGACAACAAGCUAGGCUGUUUUAGGCUAAUUCAUCACCGUCGACUCCAAUAACCGAGAACCAUGAGACUAGCAUCCAGCUCCAUGAUCUCAAAGGGAAGCUCUGAUAACCGCCGGUACCGCACUCGGGCCCCAACCUCUCAGGUGGACGAAACCCUGUUUGGGAACCCAAAACCGAUAUCACCAGACAAAUCUGGCAACUCAACCUUCAAGGCCAAGGAUAAGUUCCAGAAGAACCAAGGAGAGACCGUCCAAAUCAUCACAAAAGACCUAAUUCGCAAUCUCAGGGUUCCAUGGAAGGAUCCUUCAGGAGAAUCCAUCAUUCUUCCACCAGCUGAAUUUAAGCGGAUCACCUCAACUUCCCGGGUUCUCACCAAGGAGGAGAGGGUAGCCUUGCACGAGGCUUAUCAGAGGAAGAAAGAAGAAGAAAUUAAAGCUGCAGAAGAAAGAAAGCGCCAAAUCUAUGAGGCAGACCUGUCCCGCAAGGAGAACCAUGCACUGACUGAGCUUGAGCUAGAGGCCCGGGACCGUGCACAGCGCUUGGUGGAGCGGGCCAACGCCUUGAGGUUGGAGCAAGAGGAAGAGAUCAAAAAGCUCAACCAGCUGAUUCUGGGUGCUCAGUGCCAAGCCACUCGUGACGCCCAGAUUCAGGAGAAGAAACAGAUACAGGUGGAGUUGACAGAAGAGGAGAAGCGUCUGGAUACCAUGAUGGAGGUGGAGCGGCGCAAGGCCUUGGAGACUGUGGAGCAGAUUGAGGAGCUGCGCAAAAAGCAGAGGAUCAGUGGAAUGCAGCAAAUUUACGACCAAAUCAAGAAACGUCUUGAGGAGAAGCAACUGCAGGACGAGAUGAAAGAGCUGGAGAGACAGCAGAUACGAGAGAACCAGGAGAAAAUGACCCUGGAAGACCUCAAGACCCUGGAGAAGAAGAAGGAGGAGCAGCAGCGUCUGCAUGAGGAGGUCUUACGAAUCAACGCUGAGACCAUGCAAGCCAAGGAGCAGAGGAGAGAGGAGGAGAAGAUGGCGGACAAGAGAGACAUGGAAUUCAUUAAAAAAAAAAUGGAGCGUGAGGCAGAAUAUGAAGCAGAGCAGAGACGAAUCAAGAAGGAGAAAGAGUUGGAGAUUGCCAGGCUGAGGGCCCGCCAAGAGAAAGCAAAAGACUACAAGGCAGAACAGGAUGACCUCCGAGCCCGGAGGAACCAAGAAAUUAUGGACAGAGAAUGGAGGAGAAAAGAGAAAGAGAUGGCUGUAAAGAAAUCAAAAGAAGAAGCGAUGUUAAGGGCGGCUCGCUUGGAGCAGGUUCACUGCAAAGAGCAUUUCCUGUCAAUCGAGGCUGGCCGAGAGAAAGCUGAAUUUGAGAGGGUGCUGAAAGUGCAACAGGAGGCAAUAGCCAAACAGAUGGAGGAGGAGGAGAAGCAGCAUCAGAAAGCUCAGCGUCACUCACUGGCCAUCCGACACCAAGUGAAGGAACGUGAGCUCUCAGCCAUUGCCCAGCGCAGAGAGAUCUUCAAAGAAGCCGAUCGGCUGAUCGAAGAAGCCCGACAAAGACGUAUGCGCCUCGACGACAUCAAGGAGAAGAAGCUGAAGGAGCUCAAGGCUACAGGACUCUCUGAAAAAUACUGCAGUGAAGUCGAAAGGAAGGCGAGGGACUGCUCGGAGUCUCUCUGAAUCAUUCACAGGAUUUAAAUGUUGUGAGGUCCUCAUCUGAUACUCCACAUUUUUCAGGGUCUCCAUAAAACACAUUUGAAGUACUAAUGUAAAAUCUACCAAUCUAGGUUUCUGUUGAAAUUUCACUGUUUUAUAGGGUUUCGAUUAUUGUAUGUACGUUUUAGUAGUCUAUGGUAUGGCUCUUUGUGUCUAAUCACUGUGUGCAAAAACAAUUCAACAAAAUAAAAUUAAUUUUUCUGA